UUUCCCCUGAUCUCCACGUUGCACAUGUAAAAGCUAUAUUAUAUAACUCUAGCUCCAACUAUAAUACUAUUUGAACACUACUGUAUGUCUUUUUUACUACUUUUUAUUUGUGCUCAAUUAUUUUUAAGACUGGAUAUUGGAUUGCCCCAAAACCAUAUUCUGUAAGACGACCUGCAACCUAGAGACCCUGUGAUCCUCAACUAGUAACUGAAGGUGCUGCUUGAGAAGAACAGUCAUGCCACGCCGCAGAGCCACAAAAAUUUUGAGACGAGCUCAACCUAAAUUACCUGAGGGAGAUGAAGGAAAGGAUCUAUCAGAGAAAGAAAGGAAGGAAAAGCUUCGAGUUUUCUUGGCGGAUUUUGACUUGGAAUUGAUUGAGAAAAUCCGCCUUUUGGAGGAGGAGAAGCGCCAGCUGCUUGUAGAUAUAGAUGUUCAGUGUCAUGCUUUGAUCUCCCAGAUUCCAUCGGCUGUGAGAAAAAUGAGUAUGGAAGACUUCAUAAGCUGUGGUGGCACAGUGGAAGCAGCACUUCGCUGGUUGCGACAAGGGGGAGACAACUCUGGCAUCACUUCCUCCUCUUCAGGUUACAGUGUCAAACUUUCGGGUCGUGCUGGUCAGAGACUAGACAGCAUCUUAGAAGACACACCUGCCGUCUCCAACCUCUCAAUAGCCAGUAGCAAAUCGAGCACUGUGAAGAAGCCUGGUCGAGCCAAACGAGGGAAAGGGCGUGCUGGAGAAGGGAGCACAAGCAUGCUCCCACCCUCAACGUCGUCUGUAAGAACUUCCAGAUUCCGUACACCUGCCCGGGGGCCAACAUCUACAGUGUGGGACACACCCUUGAUCACACCCAAGUUUGACCCCAAGUUGCCCACUACUCCUGAGGGAGAGAGAAAACCACGCCCUGGUGAACGCCUUGUGUCAAUGGAUGGCUCCCCUGUUUGCUUUGACAAAGACCAGUCUAGUGUUAUCACUUUGGCUGUUGGCAAAAGGACACUGGUCCUGCCUGACAUCCCUGAUGACCUGAGUCUCGAUCAGCUGAGUAUUCCUGACGGUGAGGGGGACACAAGUGAGAAGAUUCAGAGACUCCAUGCCCUUCUAACAAACUACUUGAAACGGUCGUGAAAACACUCUGUGUGCAGGCUUCAUAUCAAGGGACCUUGAAAUCCUUGGAAAUAGAAGCUUUUCAAGAUCUGGAAACCGGAACCAGACUACAAAGCCAACCUGAGCUUAAGGGAUACAUGAGACGCUUGGUUUUUAUUUCAUAAUACAAAGUGUAUGAGGUGCCUUAACAUAUAAAAGUUUCAGUUUUCCUCCUGUAGUAAAAAAAAAGGGCUCUAAGCCGUCAUUUUUCCGAAGGCCCCAGCGAUCAGCCCAGAAAAGAUUUAGUAGUCUGCUGUGGUGACCUUGACGGUGGUAGUUGUCAAAACAGCUUUCUUGUGGGAAGAGCUCAAAUUUGGGGUUCUAAGAUGGUCCUGUGUUCCUAGUAUGCUAAUCAAAGACGUCAUUUCCACUGACAGAAAAUACAGGGAUUAUUAAGAAACAAAAAUUAUGCUUCAAAAAUAAAAAAUUUGGUCUCAUUUUUGUUUUUUUUGGGCAUACCUUUCUUCGUUUUCCUCAGAACCAUACACUGUGUUUUAUAGCACCUUUUCAUGUAUCCUUUAACAUGUAUAUACAUGUAAUAUACUGAAAUUUGUUUUCCAGCAUCUUGUUUUUCUCAUUCAUGAGAAUGUUCAAGUACCGUAAUAAGAAUUGUUUCCAUUGCUUGAAACUUGUAUGGCUGUAGAAUAUUUAUUUUAAGUAGCCUGGAAAAUGUGAAUUCUGGGUCUGGCAACCCGUGAAAAGCCUGUAAAUUUAAAAUUAACCUGUAUGAACCCUGCUGUGUCACUCAGUGGCCUCUAGCAUGAAGACCUUUAAGUUUAACAAGCGCCAAACAGAUAUGUAACAGCUUUGUGUAAAUCAUUAUCUCUUUUUUUUUUCGUCUUAAGCAUUUGUCUUUGUGUAAUGUGUAAAAUGCUGAUGAACCUGUACAUAUGGAAUGGGGUGUCUUGGAACAGAUGGUGUAAUGAGCUGCUACAUUAUUCACCUUCGGUCAUGUAAAUAUUAAGAAGUGUAAUUGUCCAAAUAAAUGCAUUUUGUCCAUGAAAACAUAUAUUUAUAUA